AUGCCAGUUGCACCGGCGACCAAGAAAAGCAGCAUGAUGGAUGACAACAACCUGGGCCUGAACACCACCAAAACCAUUGAGGUAAUCAUGGACUUCAGGAACGGUACCGACCUGCCGCCCGUGUACAUCAACGCCGAGUGUGCUUUGGCAGACUCAAACGACGGGAGCCCUACGGUGGACAGGACGGUUUUUGGGACAGACGGACAGACAAACAGCGUGGAGCGCGGUACGAGCACGGCGUCGCGACGAGACAUGUCUGCGGCAGGCCCUCCGCGCGCCAAUAACAACAACACGGAAGCCUGGGCGAGCUUCGAUGACCACAUCGUCCACGGCGGCUCGGCGGUCAUUGACAUGGAGAACACGGAUGACACGUCGGGCUCCAGCUUCGAGGAUGUGGGCGAGAUGCACCAGAGGAUGAAGGAGGAGGAAGAAGAGGAAGAGGCCGAUGAGGGAGAAGAGGCCGACGCUGACUUCUUGGGCGUCAAGGGCUUCAAGGGCCAGCUGGGCAGGCAGGUGGCGGACCAGGUGUGGCAGGCGGGAAAGCGUCAAGCAUCUCGCGCCUUCAACCUGUACGCCAACAUCGACAUCCUCAGGCCCUACUUUGACGUGGAGCCUGUUCAGGUGCGCAGCAGGUUACUGGAGUCACUGGUUCCCGUCCGCAUGAUCGACUUCCCUCAGAAGAUUGCGGGUGAAUUGUAUGGACCCCUCAUGUUGGUCUUCACUCUGGUCGCCAUCCUGCUGCACGGCAUGAAGACGUCGGGCACCGUGAUUAGAGAGGGCACCCUGAUGGGAACGGCCAUCGGAACGUGUUUCGGCUACUGGCUGGGAGUUUCAUCCUUGGUCUACUUCCUGGCGUAUUUGCUGAAUGCCCAGAUCACCAUGUUGCAAACGCUGUCCUUGAUGGGCUACGGCUUGUUCAGUCACUGCGUGGUUCUCCUGGUGAGCUACAACCUUCACUUCCACCUGCUCUUCUACGCCCUCUGGCUGCUGCUGGGAGGAUUGUCCACGCUGCGCAUGGUGACCGCCCUGCUGUCACGCACGGUGGGUUCGACACCGCGUCUGCUGCUGUGCGCCACCGUGUCUCUGCUACACAUGCUCUUCCUGCUCUACCUUCACUUUGCCUACCACAAAAUGGUGGAAGGCCUUCUGGACACCUUGGAAGGAUCGAACGUGGCCGCCAUGCAGCGGGUGGCCAGAGACUUGCCAGAAGUAUUGACUGCCAACAUACAUGAAAAAGUUGUCCUUCGGGAAGGUGACCGUGCUAUAUGCACAUUGGCGCUUGUGUGGUCCAGAAUCAGAGACCUUGGUUCUCCAGACUCCUUCAGAAGACGGCCACAUUUUAAAUGGCUUAACAGUGUCUGGACAUGGAGCAGGUUCUGUGCAGAAUUCAGGAGAGAGUAUUACAACAUGUACACCAUUGAGAUCUGCCAUGGGUAUGGGGAGCAGUUCAAACAAUCCCCACGAGGAUUUGUUGGAGAGGAGAAAAGGGGUAAAGUAACGGCGUUUUACUGCGAGGAGGAAACACCUACAGGAUACUGCAGUUGUUCCUGCUGUCCAAUGCAUUAA